AUGGCACCAUCGGCAACCAGUGGUGAUGGCACUAACGGCAUCACAAAGACAAAUGGCCAGACAACCGGCACUCAGCUGAAAGCAACGGCUCCUGCAUUCCACCCCGCUGGCACUUCCGACCGAUCAAGGUAUCAUGCUUCAUCCUCUCAAGAAGCCAUCCACGCCGAGGGCGAAUAUGCCGCUCACAACUAUCAUCCUCUACCGGUUGUCUUUGCACGCGCCCUGGGGACAACAGUGUGGGAUCCGGAAGGCCGACAGUAUCUGGACUUCUUGUCCGCAUAUUCUGCCGUGAACCAGGGCCAUUGCCACCCUGAGCUGGUCAAAGCCCUCGUUGAACAAGCCUCCACACUCACCCUGAGCUCGCGGGCAUUUUACAAUGACGUAUUCCCGCGUUUUGCAGAGUUCGUCACCAAGUAUUUCAACUUCGACAUGGUUUUACCCAUGAAUACCGGUGCCGAAGCGGUUGAAACCGCCAUCAAAAUCGCCAGGAAAUGGGGAUAUAAAUCUAAGGGUAUACCCCACGACGAGGCCAUCGUGCUCAGUGUGGCCGAGAACUUUCACGGGCGGACAUUCUCCGCCAUCUCCAUGUCUACAGACCCUGAAUCCCGCGACAAUUACGGCCCCUAUCUACCCGGCGUAGGGAGCAUCUCUCCAGCCACCGGCAAAGUGAUCCCCUACAACGACAUCCCCGCCGUCCGCACGGCAUUCGAAUCCCACGGCGACAAGAUCGCGGGCUUCCUCGUUGAGCCCAUCCAGGGCGAAGCCGGCAUUGUGGUCCCUGACGACAACUAUCUUACUGAACUCCGCGCACUGUGCGAUAAGCACAACGUCCUCCUCAUCUGCGACGAGAUCCAAACCGGCAUCGCCCGCACGGGGAAACUUCUCUGCCACGAAUGGGCCGGGAUAAAACCAGACCUUGUUCUGCUCGGCAAAGCCAUCUCAGGCGGAAUGUACCCCGUCUCCUGCGUUCUCGGCCGCAGAGAUGUAAUGCUCACCAUCGAACCGGGCACGCACGGAUCUACCUACGGUGGCAACCCGCUUGGUUGUGCAGUCGCCAUACGCGCUCUGGAGGUCGUCCGCGAAGAAAAGAUGAUUGAGCGGGCCGAGAAACUCGGGCAGAUUUUCCGCGAGGGACUGAGAGGGCUGAACUCGGACUUGAUCAAGACGGUUCGGGGCAAGGGCUUGCUGAAUGCGAUUGUCAUCGACGAGGCCAAGACGAACGGACAUAGCGCGUGGGAUUUGUGUAUGUUGAUGAAGGAGAAAGGACUAUUGGCAAAACCGACGCACCAGAACAUCAUUCGUCUUGCCCCGCCGCUAGUCAUCACCGAAGAAGAAAUCAACCGGGCCUUGGCCAUCAUCGCGGAGGCGGUGGCGGAACUUCCCAAUCUGAAGGGUGAGAAGGAGACACAGAUCCUGCCCGAGGGAGAGAAGAAUGUCCACAUUGGUGUGGAGAAUUAA